UCAUUGUACUCUGAGAAAAUAAACAACAGAUACAUCCAAAUCCUUGGUUUUCUCCUUGAACUUUUUGUAAGGUUUGUUGCUUUACAUAUACAGCAGCAAUGGGUGACUCACCGAACUCAGAAACUGAGUCGAGCACGGUUAGCAACAACUCGUCGUCUACCGUUUCGAUAUCUACCUACGGCGUCGUAAAGAGAUUGGGUACUGAACUGGGACCCGUCCCCAAGAGGGAGAAGCGUCAGAGGGACAGUAGCAAGCACCCGGUUUACCGCGGGGUCCGAAUGCGGGCGUGGGGGAAAUGGGUAUCCGAAAUCCGGGAGCCCCGAAAGAAGAAUCGGAUCUGGUUGGGAACGUUCGCCACUCCCGAAAUGGCGGCGCGUGCACAUGACGUGGCCGCUUUUAGCAUCAAGGGCAACUCGACCAUCCUCAACUUCCCUGAACUCGCCGAGUCGCUUCCCCGACCGCUUUCUAACUCGCCGCGUGACGUCCAAGCCGCCGCCACUAAAGCUGCCGCAAUGGAGUUCUCGUGUAUUAGCAAUACCAGCAGUAACAAUACCGAGUCCACGUCCCCUUACCCCUCUUUUUCUACGUCAUCGUCGUCGUCGAAUGCUGAUGCCAUGUCGACGCCGGAGGAACUGAGCGAGAUAGUGGAACUCCCGAGUCUAGGGACGAGCUACGAAUCGGCGGAGCCGGGGAACGAGUUAGUGUACGUGGACCGGUUCGACAGUUGGCUUUUUAAUCCCGGUGGUAUUCCUGGGUAUUAUGAAGAAAAUUACGGGUAUUUUGGGGACGAAAUAUCAUUGUAAAUACAAGAAAGUGUUAAUACAACUGGGUUUGGUCCUUUACCAUGGGAUCAGUAAUUCAAAACAAUAACAAAAUUCUCCUUCUCAA